AUGAGCGCGAGAUCCCAGCAGUUCGCCCAGUUUAUCUCGGCCCGAUGUAUCCCGGUGCACGCUCCUGAGGGCUGUAUUGAAAUACUCCGGGCAUGGCUUUAUGCUCCAAUAUUCGUGACGGACGAGGAGCUCGCCCGCAUUCUCGAUAUUCAGCCCUCAACAUCUGCCUCGCCUAAACUUUCGUCUAGCUCGAUAUGCUAUUUUAGAUCCUGGACAAUGGCCGCAUGGCAACUUCAAGUCGUGAUUCAAGAUCUAAUUUCUCAGGGGUUCUGCAAUGACAUCCUUCCCAGCUGGACAACGCUCUUGCAAACAUGUUCUCCUAACAGCAUCGUCACACCCAGGCCCAACUCGAUAAAAGGCGCCUUUAUCGACUCUUUGACUUUCUUUUUCCCCGAAAUCGCAAACUCGCACAAGAUCUAUUCUAUUCAGAAUACAAAGACCUUACAUGCGGUGCAAAACAAGCUUAUCUCUAAGGAAGUGGCGGAGCUUUUCGAAUCCAUAGCAGAAAUGGAACCCGGUACAACAGGCAAAGGCGUCGGCCAGCUAGUACGCCGCCUGAAAGACUCAAUUGGUGUUAACCAACUCUAUAAUUGGCCCGGAAGCAAUGCCGCUCAGCGUGAGCUGUCUGCAAAGGUGCUUUCAUCUUGGCUUCGCCUUACAUGUCCGAUUGUGUCUAUAACAUUUGGAAAAAUCACCUCGGGUUGGGUUUGCAAUGGACAAAGAACCCCCAUGGCACACUUGUUGAAAGAAUGCGGGGUGGCUAGAAUCGCCAGUCUUGACCGGAACAUUCUUGUUCCUACCAUUGCAAUUCCUCACAUACAUCCGGGUUUUUUUGUCCGCACUCAUCAGACUGAGGGAAUACAACGAGUAGUCUGGCUUUCAUGGGCAAUCACUUGGAUCUAUUGGGACUCAACAAUAAAGAUACUCAGUACCGGCGCAAAUGGUCAAGUAGACCGAGCGAACAUUUGCGAUAGAGUUCAAGAGCACGCGAAGGGUGUGCUAGAACAAAGUGGACUACAGUAUCGUCUCCAGCACGCCAAAGCCUCGCUGGAAACAACAUGGGCUGGGAAUCGCAUGAAGAGGAAUGAGAACUGGGCUACCGAAGCAAAUAAGCGACUACGGCACACAGUGUUUGAGUCGCAUAAUGAAAAGCGACAAGAUAUUCUCGACAAACAUGAUGCGAAACGCAGGCGACUACUCGACAAGAGCAGUUGCGGAUCAGACAAACUGGUGGAAAACGACGACAUAGCUCCAAUUACGGGUUCUGAACUACUCAAUUUGCCCGUCGGUGUAGAAAAGAAGCCCUCCUUCAGCGACUUCGAAUAUUUGACUCGCCUUGAGCGCUUUGGGCAUCUGUAUGGACAGCCACAUACCGCAGAGAGGCUACAACAAGCGGAACAGCUAUUUGGUUCCUGGUUGUGGCUUCAUUAUGGUAAGAUGGACAAAAAUGAAUGGAUGGAAUUCUUGGUCGAGCAGCCAAACAAUUAUUAUUUGGCCGCCUGUCUUGAAUCGACGGAAGGUCCCGAAACGAUACCCCACAGCAAGCGCUGCUGGCUGCAAGACAGCAUGCUUGAAGGCAAGAAUGUGACUAUGAUUAAUGACUUCGACUCGCGACGCUGCUUGAUACAGGAAAUAUCCGAGGGUAUGAUGAAUAAGCAAGCAAAUUGGUUGCAAGACUCGCACAAACGUGGACAAAAACUGAAAGCACACGCUCCCCCAGUCAACGAACUAAAUGGAUCCAGAAUCCACGUCAACCAGCAUGGACUUAUCACAAUUAAAUAUCUCCAGCAAAUGAAGACGGCUACUAUCCAGAUUAAGUUUGGUUCAUCUAUCACUCCGCUCAAUUAUCUUGAUCUACGAACGAUACAUUUCACUGAGAGCGGCAUUGACAUCCGGAACAACUUGAAUCAAAUUUUGCACGGAAAAUGUUCAACCAAAGUAACGACAAUUCCGGUCGAUACCUUCCCCAUGUACGGAAACGGCAGGGAAAUCAUCUCCAUAUGGAGUGAAGCAACUGGUUUAUGCUAUCCUGAGUCGCCCCGUUUCGAGGUUGACUCACCAGGAACUAUCAAUCCUGGUCAGCCGAUCCCCAGCAAAUUACCCACCAAAACCUCCAUUGCUCGACCCUCAGAAAAUGAUGCACUGUGGCUGCUGAAUCGAUUUCUGACCGAGAAUUUGCCGGGCGGUGGUGAAUUUUGGACGGGAGGCAGAGACCUGUACCCAAUGCGGGCAGAUGAUGCAGUUGGCACCGACGAUUUUCUUCGGUUUCUUCACUUGCCGGCACAUGCAAUGCAUCCAUAUGCGUCGGAUUGGUCGAAUUUGUUGACAUCUUCAAAAAAUUGCAACGCUCUGCGCACGUCGUUGCAGCUUCUUCGCUCCACUGUAGUGCGGCGACAGAAUGCUCCACGAAGCAAAGUACCCGCAGGACAGAAGACGUUGCGGUGCAUUGUCUACGACUUAGGGCCUCAAAGCGAGCAUAAUUGA